UGACUCGGGUGAGUGCGCAUGAAAUUACAGUCGCGCGCUCUGAGGUAACAGCUUUAGUCUGGGAGAAUCUGACUUGAGUCUAGCAGACACAUCCACUGGAAAGAGCAGCAGUCACGGGCUUUACGCGGAGAGCCAACACUUCAGAAGGCUACAGGUCUAAGUGUGUCACUGGGCAGCAUGACGGAAGUGCUGAACAGCUGUGACUCUGCGGUGGGAGACUACAGUGUGAGCGGUGCGUCUGAGGAGCAAAGCAUCUCUUUUCAGAUCUUCCCAGACUCCCAUGAACGGUUCCCGAAGCUUUCCAAACGCUUGCCAUCCAUCGUGGUUGAACCCACUGAGAGCGGGGAGGUGGAGAGCGGGGAACUCCGCUGGCCUCCUGAUGAUCUGAGCCCUACAGACGACCCCAGAGACAGACAGGAACAGGCUGCAAGUGACAAGGCCACAGAAGACAGCCAAGAGGUCGCGACAGAAAACUAAUGGGCGAAGGUUGGCACCAAUCCAGCCAAUCACUGUGAAUGUCUUCAGUAUGGACAGGAGUGAAUUGGAGACUCCACCAGUUAGGUCUGCUUAUCAUCCACACUAGAGCUGAACGAGGCCUGAGAGACUGCCUUAACUGAGCUAGCUCACGUGCCAAACUCUAGUGGUAGUCAGCUUGAGUUGUAAAAGAUCUCCAUUAACACCAUGAUACCCAUUAGAAUUAUAAAUUAUAGAUUGGCAUUCAUUUAUGUAUUUAUUUGCUUUGGACCAAAGUCUUUCAUUCCUUCCUAUCAAAAGGACAUAGCUUCAGGAUAUUAAUUCAAUGUAUUAUAUCAGCAUAAAUGAAGUGAAAAUGGAUUUCAGAUAACAUGUAAAUGAACUACAGUGCACAAUGGCCAGUGUAGAUUUCAAACUCUAAGCCAUGUACAGUAGAUCUCAGUUUGUUUUCACGUUCACAUAGGGUUUCCUUCUUAACAUGCUUUCCAGAUUUGUACUUAUUCUUUGGCACUUGCAUUAAUCCUCUGUUAUUCACAUCGCUGCUGCUUAUUUACUAGUGUCUGUCAGAGCUGCUGUAAAUGUAGCUUUCUUUGCCUUAGACAUUUAUUUGUAGUUACACUGUAUGUACAUCAUCAUUUAAAUGAGAUUACUGUUUGUAUAAAUUUUCAGACGGUCAUUAUUUCACCCAUCAUAAUGUAUCUGUCACCUUCCAAAGGCGAAACUCUUUGGUGCUGUUGAAUAUCACUGUAUUCUGUAAGUAUUACAGUAUUUGAGUAUUAGUCUUAAAAUAUUAAUUAUCUGUCUGGGAAUGGGAAUGAAUGCACCAAAGUAUCACUUAGCAUUAAAAGCAGUUAUUUCUACAUCAGUGCUCUGUUGAUUCAUCAAAUGAAUGUAUGUAGGAUCCAGCCUUGACACAUCACUGAUUUCUUGUGGGUAGAUGUCAAGUACUAGCCAAAGGCGCUUCUAGUUGAAUACUGUGUUGACACGAGCAAUAGUUAUUCUAACCCAGCAGCUCUAAGCAGUUGAUGUUUUCCAGCCACAGGCAUUGCUAGAGCAGUUUUAGGGGCUUCAGUUCCCCUUGUCUUUCAUCUCAACCCUCCUAAAACUUUUCUCUUUAACUGUCGGAUCUCUUUAAAAUCUGUUAUAAUCUUCAGCAUGUUUGCUCUAACGGAUGCAGUAUCUGCGGUUAAGUAAGGCCUUUAAAAACUUUUUUUUUACUUCCAAACAAGGUUGUCAAGUUCAUAUUAGGUGUUUGUCUAUACAAACUUUGUUUGUUAUAAAUUACAUUUAUCGGGGGUAUUUACAUUUAUUUGAGUUUCGAUUCAUUGUAAUUCUACAGAUCUUUCUUCUGUGAAAAACAAAACUGUUAGUUUCAUACAUGAAUGCCAGUGGGGUGCAAAAUGACAUUGCACCCCAUAGAGUUCAACAGUUGUGGAAGUAAAAAUCCCAUUCAUUUUUAUUUUUAUUUUUUUUCUGUACCGGAGAAUUGAUAAACCUUUAAGAUGGACCUACUGUGAGCUAUGUGCUUGCUAAUGGAUGGUUUGUAGUUUGUUGAAAAUGUUUUUUUUUAUACAUAUACAAUCAACCUCUUCAAAUCAGUUAAAUCAAGAUUAUUUAUCCAAGGUAAUUGAAAUUGGCAAUGAUUGCAGUUCUUUCCCUCAGUAAAGCUGUUAAAUGGAUAGUUCAUUCGAAAUCCUGUCAUCAAUUAGUCACCACUGAAUUCCACCGUAUUUUUCCCAUACUGUGGAAGUCGAUGGCUACUGGCAACUUUUUAGUUACCAAAAUUUUUCAAAAUAACAUCUUUUUUAUUUUAACUCUCUUUUUGAAAAUCCCUAUCGGAAAAAAUCAAUGGAAGAAAUAUUACGGGAACCAAGGCUGCUGAAAAAGUUGUCGAGCAGUGCUGCACUUAAUUCAGGAGUGUCCAAUCCUUCCCCUGGUGGGCCACUGUCCUGCAAAGUU